GCAGCCUGGGGGAGAAACGUUCUUCAGGAGUAGGUUGAAGACAUGCGCAUCAACACGGGCGGCUGCGAGGAAAUCAUGGCGUCCGACUAGUGUUAGUCCGUCCACUCGUACACUAUUAAUGCAGACGUGCUUGAGAAGGGGUUCAAUUAAAUACCGUAAUUAAAAAUGGCUAACCCUGCCUGGUCAGAAAAAAUACUCCAACUUCUGCGCCGAAUGAAUAACUUUUAUUUACAAGGCUCUUGUCGUGCUGACUGCUACAGGUUUGAGAUAGACGGAACACAGGUUGGCUGGAUUUCUCCUCAUGUAGCCUCAGUAUUGACACGCUAUCCAGACGUGUUUAGUCCGCCACAUGGUGGCGCAGUAUCACUGUGUCCCGGUCUGGACUCAUACGGGAAGAGAUCUGAGGCUGUGGACGCUGUCCUGCAAACUCUCAGACAGGAGGGCUCCCUGUCCUGCCUUAAAGGAUGGAGAGACGAGAAGUACAGUGUAAUGCCAAAAUUCUCAGACCCUCCUUUGAUGUGGAUGGAAAGAGCAGCUACAAGUCUUUUUGGGGUUAAGCGGUAUGGAGUACAUGUCAAUGGUUACACUGUCAGCGACACUGGGGAAGUCAGCAUGUGGCUGGCACGACGCUCCCCAACUAAGCAGACAUACCCUGGACUCCUGGACAACGUGGCUGCAGGUGGUCUGUCUGCUGGUGUUGGCAUCAAACACACUCUGGUAAAAGAGUGUCAGGAGGAAGCAUGUAUCCCAGCAGCCACUGCUGAGAAGGCUUCUCCUGUAACCACAGUAAGCUAUACCUAUGAGGAUGAAGAGGGGGUGUUUCCAGAAGGUCAAUUUAUCUUUGAUUUGGAGCUUCCUCCCAAGUUCAAACCAAGAGUAGGCGAUGGAGAGGUGCAACAUUUCUACCUCCUGCCCAUUGAUAAGGUGAAGGAACUGCUGGCCACUGAUGAUUUCAAACCCAACUCUGCAAUGGUGGUCUUGGACUUCCUCAUUAGACACUCGUAUAUUGAGCCUGACACAGAGCCAUGCUAUCAGGAAUUUGUGGCAGGACUCCAUCAAACUUUAUAGUGUGAAGCUGAGGACUGAGACUAUUGUCAGAGGCCAAGACACUACAUUCUUUUAUUAUUUACAUUUAUCCCAGCAAGUGCCCUAACAGAAGCCAACUGAAGUGUUGUGCUCUCAGCAACAUCCAUCCAGAAUCAACUAACCCUGGUAACUGGAGGACCAAAACAGGGAACUGAGCGGAUUGGUUCACAUGAAGAUGGUUGAUCUCAGUGAGUUAAAAAAAUACAACAGGCCUGCAUAGACUUGAAAGUGUUAUAUGACUUAUGAGAACUUACAAAGUGUGUGCAUGCUUGUUCAUUGUGCAGUUCUGACCAGUUUGUACUGUACACGGAUACUGUGGUAUUGAUGCUACACUGUAGUUACACCAAGGACAACAGUGGGAAUUGCAUUAAAUAAGGCAUUAUUGUGAUGAUUAUUAUUAUAUUUAUUAUUAUAAUCAUCAACAGCUGUCAGAGUUGUCCAUUGUCUGUGAACAUCACACCAAAACUGGUUUGAAAAGGUAAUGGGUGGACCUCUUGGGUCUAGAUGAUUCGAUCUAGAUUUGUUUCAUCAGUUGAACUUUGAUGCUUUAGUCAUAAUGUAAUAUUUUAGGAUGAUUAAAUCUGAUAUUUUCUUAUCCAAGAAUCAGUUUCAUCUGUCUAGGUCAGGGUUAUUGAGCUUACAAAUCAGCUUGUGAAAACAGUUGUAUGUCUUCUGAGUCUUUAGAGGAACUUUGUUGAGUCUGUGAAAAUAACCCUGAUAAGACACAGUCCUACCAGUCUGUGUUUAGCUGGAUUUCACAUAUUCUGUAUGAAUUUAUGCAACCUCUUCAUUAAAGCUAUUUCACAGCUACAAACUA